AUGCAAUUCGUUGGCCGUUUAAAACACAAGGCGUAUCGAGACUUUCUUUGCAGAAACCUUUUCGCAAAACAUGAAGUUGAGCGCCAAAGCAAUCUCUAUAUCUACAGAAAUCCUGAGUUGCCUCUACGAGUUCGAUUAGAGGCUAAGAACAGAAUUGAUUCUCUUCCAGAAAACUCGCAUCCUACAAAAAUAAAAAAUCGUUGCGUUGCUACUGGUAGAGGUCGUGGUGUAUUUCGCGCAUUCCAACUUGCAAGAUUUGCCUUCCGUUUGAAAGCUAGAGCCAAUGUAUUACCCGGCGUACGAAAGGCUUCUUGGUAG